AUGCUGGCUGCCGCCGCCGCCGUAGCUGGUGCGCUGCCACCCAUGCCGGACAGCCUCGCCGAGGCGGCGAACGCCGUCCGCGAGGAGGGCCGCUCGACCUGGGCAGCCUACUACAAGCACGCACGCGGCUUCGACUCGCUCAGGCCCCUCUCGCACCGCGGCGUCAACGACUGGGGCUCCGUGGGCAUGAUGGCGAUCGACUGUUUGGACACCCUCUGGCUGAUGAACCUGACGGCCGAGUUCAAGCAGGCGCGCUCGAUCGUCGAGGAGAUUGAUUACACGCCCGCCGGCCGCGAGGCGCGGUCGGUCUCGACUUUCGAGAUGACGAUCCGCGGCCUGGGCGGGCUGCUCUCCGCGCAUGCACUUUCCGGCGACAGGCUCUUCCUCCGCAAGGCGGAGCAGCUCGGGGAGGCGCUCAACACGGCCUUUGUGCCUGGCCGCUUCCCGCUGCCUUCCUCGAGCGGCGGCGCCCACCCCACCGGCCGCGUCUCCCUCGGCGCUAUGGGCGACUCCUACUACGAGUACCUCGCAAAGACGGCCAUCCUCGACCCGCGGCUGCGCCCGACGGCGGGCGCGAUGUUCAAAGCGGCGCUGCUCGAGAUAGAGCAGCAGCUGCUCGUGCCGAGGGAGCACGGCCGCACCUUCCUCGCCGAGGAGAGCGCGUACACCUCCCUCGACGACGUGUACGCACAGCCGUCGAGGCGGCGGGACGACAUGCCCACCUUUUGGCUCGCCGAGACGCUAAAGUACCUCUUUCUCAACUUUGCCCCUCCGACCCUCCUCCCGCUAGACGGGUGGGUCUUCAACACGGAGGCGCACCCGCUGCGCAUCUUCCCGCGCGGCGCCGAGGCGGCGGGCGCCGCCGCCGCCGCCGCCGCCGCCGCCGCCGAGCAAGCCAAAGUCGCGUCGCUCGUCGCGCAGCUGCAGGGGCAGGAGCAGGCGGCGCUCGAGCAGAUGAGGGCGCGCGCGGCGCAGAGGCAAGCCCGGCUCGCCCCGAAAAGCGCCCGCCGCUACGUCGGCCGCAGCCAGAGCCCCUUCUCCAGCCGCUGGGCAAAGCGCGCCGGCAGCCGGGCCCCGGAGCGGAGAGCCUCGCUGCGCGAAGAGCGGAAGGGGCGGAUGCUGGAGAUCGAGGAGAAGCUGAGGCGCGUGCACGGCGCCACCCGGGACAGCUCUGAGCACGUGCUCAAGGCGCCUUCUCGCGCAGGGGCGCGGCUGCGCCAGUCGCCCAGCCAGACCUCCACGUGAGAGUUGUGGCGUGGACUGCGGCGUGUCUCCGCGAGUUGUUGACGACGGGGGCGAGGAUGGAGCUGCAUAUUGCCCAUUGUGUACUCACACCACUACACUGUGGGGUGUGCCCGAGCAUGAUGUAUGUGCGCGUCUGUGUGUGUGUGGGACAGACGUUGUUCUCCUAUGCGCGGGGCUUCCCGCGGGGACCGAAGACGUAACAGCAGCAGC